GCCCGCGCUCCGAUUGGCUGGCGCGGCAGCGCGAAGCCUCCUUUGAAUGGCCGGCGGGGAAUCACGUGGGCGCGAGGCGCCCUCUGAUUGGCUGGCGCGACUCCGCGGCGCGCGCGGGUGUCGCUCUGUACGGUGCCGCCAUGAGCUGCCUCGCCGUGCCUGGCGUCCACCCCGGCUCGCCUAGCCGCCCGCGGGGCCAGAUCCAGGUGAUCUUCGGGCCCAUGUUCUCUGGGAAGAGCACAGAGCUGAUGCGGCGGGUGCGGCGGUUCCAGCUCGCGCAGUACCGGUGCCUGCUGGUGAAGUAUGCCAAGGACACGCGCUACAGCACCUCCGGCCUCUCCACACAUGACAGGAACACCAUGGAGGCCCUGCCAGCGUGCCUGCUCAAGGACGUGUACCAGCAGGCACUGGGCGCUGCGGUCAUCGGCAUUGACGAGGGCCAGUUCUUCCCAGACAUUGUGGAGUUCUGUGAGAUGAUGGCCAAUGCAGGGAAAACCGUCAUCGUUGCUGCUCUCGAUGGGACUUUCCAGAGAAAGGCUUUUGGAAGCAUUCUGAACCUGGUCCCGCUGGCAGAGAGCGUGGUGAAGCUGAAUGCUGUAUGCAUGGAGUGCUACCGCGAUGCCUCCUACACAAAGAGGCUGGGAGCAGAGAGGGAGAUUGAAGUGAUUGGAGGAGCAGACAAGUACCACUCUGUCUGUCGAGCCUGCUACUUCCACAAGCGGCCUCAGCAGUUGGGGCUGGAAAACAAGGAGAAUGUGCCCAUGGGGGUGAAGCAGCUGGAAGUGGCUGUCUCCCGGAAGAUCUUUACUUAACUGCUGGGCUUUCACAUGGGAAACACCAAGAGGAAGGAAGCUAAAUGUCUCCUAGUUGCAAGAUCUGUCUUGCUCUGCUUUUAGCCAAACUCUUAACUGCCUUAGCUCUGCCUGCCAAGCCACUGUUCCUCUGCACGAGCACCGUGGAAGGGGAGGAUUGACUGGACCUGAUACCAGGGUAGGGCUGAGGCAGAAGCCUGACUGAAAUUGAGUUCCUUUCUCAGAAGCCGGAAAAGAGGCAGGUGUAGUUACUGAUGCUGCCGUACUAACAAGUCCUGGAAAACCCUCAUGGCAAGCCAGGCUGCGGGGCUUCCAUCACUCACCGUAGUUCUGGCCUGCUCUCCUGGCUUCUGCCUGUGUUCAGAUGGACACUGGUGGCUGGCUUACUUGUCUGGGAGAGCAACCGUUUCUUUCUCUCUUGUGUACUGUUGCUAAAUUCUAGAUUUCUUAAGACAAUGUACAGUAACUCGGUAUUUUAAACCCACUUCCUUUUUUAACACAGUCUGAGGAGAUAGCUCGUUCCUUGUUGUAGAGCUGUGGCACAACUUUUAAACUGACACAUAUAACAGCAGCCUGGCCCCUAGCACAGUCCCUUUGAACAGCUGUCCAUGACUGGUCUGUUUGGCAUUAUGCUCACUCAGUGUAGCUGUGCUGUACAGCUUUUGUUGAAACAGCAGAGGGGAAAUGAAGGCUUGGCUUGAUGGCCUGACAGCAGGCUCCUGGCUUUUGAAUGCACAAGGGCCAGCAGUAGUCUUUGUGCUAAGGCAGAGUCCUUUUAGAAGAGCUGCACUUCACUUGAGGAAGAGUCACUGCUCCAAAAUCAGGGAGGUUUUGCUCAGGUCCAAGCUCAGUGGUGCCAGUCCAGUGCUGAUGCACCAGGGAAGGGUUUAGAGGCUAAAGGCUUAAUCUGUAAAGGUCUGGGCUACUUUUCCUGUGAAGAUCUCUGCUUUGAGUGGAAGGUUCUCAACUCUAGUCAUGUAUCUUGCUCCCCUUUGAACCUCCCAAAAAUUCCUGAGGCCGAUUCUUCCUUUGCUGAAGAUUGACUGGAGGAUCCUUUUCCCUCAUUGUUUGACUGGGCUUUUGGAAGGUUCUUCUUCCUCUUUCUCCUUGCAAAAAUGCUUUUCCCUGUAAGGUCCAAGUAGUAGCUCUUGGUUCUGACCAGGUCCAAUCUCCAUGUGCAAAUGCAGUGCUCUCUGUUGGCCUCUUCCCUGGAAGGGUACAAGAGUUGUUGGGAAACCACUGCUCCUUCUGUGUUACUCAAAGUAAUGACAGCUGCAUAGCUCACAAACACUUCAGUGCCCACAAACACUCAGUGCCAGGCCUGGGCUUUCUCUUGGGGACAGGGAAGGCAGCACAGCUACUGGGUUAGGUUAAUAAACUAAGGAAUCACCUCUGUGUGUUUUGUACCAG